UCGUCUCUUCACCAGUGUGUUAGCUGUGUUUUUAGCAUUGCUGUCACGCCACACGGGAGGCAGUCCGGGUAAAGGCAGUGUCGGGGUUUUUAUUCUUGAACUUCUUCCUUAAAUACAUGAUAUUUGUUGGUCGUUUGUGAAACGUUGGUAGUUUUCGAGACGAAUUGUGGGCUUUAGUGGAUUAACUUUAGCCAAAUUAGCUAAUGAUAAUAUUUAUAGUCAAAAGUUUACCAUAGGCUUUUGUUGUUUUUUCUUUCUUUCUUUUUAUUCUUUUUUGCCCUGGAGACUGUUAAAGAAAUGGAAGUUAAGGACUGCUUGGUUUCUGCUCCAGGGAAGGCCAUCCUUCACGGAGAGCAUGCUGUCGUGCACGGAAAGGUGGCUCUUGCUGUGAGUUUAAACUUGAGAACGUACUUGCGAUUAAAAGCUACAUCUGAUAACAAAGUUUGCAUCAACCUUCCCAAUAUUGAAACUUUCGUCUCGUGGGACCUCACUAAACUAAAGCAUCUUGCACAUGAUUUUUGUGGAAAGAGGGAAGAGGCCCAGCCUAUGGAUGCAGAGCUGGUGAGGAGACUGCGUGAAUUUAUGGGUGUAACCAAUGGAAACUUGGACAGUUGUAACACUGCCACCUUAGCCUUCCUCUAUAUCUACAUAUCCCUCUUUAAGUCCAGAGAGCUGCCGAGCCUGACUGUUUCUGUGUGGUCAGAGCUACCGACCGGAGCAGGACUCGGGUCAAGUGCUGCCUACUCUGUGUGCCUGGCUGCAGCUUUGCUCUGUGCGAGUGGAAGCAUUUCUACUCCCCUCAAAGAGUUUGAUCACACUGCCAGGUGGUGUCAGGAAGACCUAGAGCUCAUCAACAGUUGGGCUUUCCAAGGGGAAAUGAUCAUCCAUGGUAACCCCUCAGGGGUGGACAACGCUGUUGGAACGUGGGGUGGUAUGCUGAGGUUCUUUGCUGGGAAGAUAAUACCGCUGAGCAGGGUGCCGUUAUUAAGAAUCCUCCUCACUAACACAAAAAUACCUCGUAGCACCAAGGUACUUGUUGCUGGGGUGAAGGACAAAAUUAACAAGUUUCCAUCCAUCUUGACUCCUGUGCUUGACUCUGUCGAUGCCAUUUCCUGCAUGUGUGAGAAAGUCCUCUCACAGAUGACUUCUGAACCCAUCACUGGAGAGCACUACAAUAUUUUAGAGGAGCUGAUUGACAUCAAUCAACACCAUCUGAACGUGAUGGGUGUGGGCCACCCUGCGCUGGACACUCUCUGUCGGGUCACGCUGGCCAAAGGGCUCCACAGCAAGCUAACGGGCGCAGGUGGAGGAGGCUGUGGCAUCUCCCUCCUGAGACCAGAAAUGGACUCCUCGGUUGUCCAGAAUGUCAUACAGGACUUGAGAGACUGUGGCUUCGACUGCUGGGAAACAAGUAUCGGAGGACCAGGCGUCCAGCAGCACUCACUCUUCUUCGUAAAGGUGGAAGUUUUGGAGGUUUUAAAUCGUUACUAAAAUCCACCUGGAACUGAACAAGAUGGAUGCACUGUUUGAUUUUUUAAAAAUUAUUUUCACAUUGAAACAAUAUUGAGAUAACCAAAGGAUACUUCUCCCCCAGUGGAGCUGGACCAGAAUAAAGAACGGUACUUUUUGUAAUGAACAAUAAUCAGCCAAGUGUCUCAUUGAAGCACGGGGCUGUGUACUGAGCUCUUUGUCCACUAGAUGGGUUCAAAGUUACACAAAUACCUUUUUACGAAUCUGGAUUUCAUUAAGCGGCUCUGAUAAGAUUGAUGCCUAAGCAAAGCACUUUCCUCCAAAUGUAGAAACCAGUAAUGGCUAAGUCUUAUGAAUAAGAUGACUGACAAUCAGUCACCUCUCACGGCUGGCACUGUAACGAGAAAUGAUGUUGUAUAACCACCAUCAAUGAAUGCCGGAAUCUUUAAGCAGGAAAUUGUUAUUGAAGAAGUCAAAAUGAUUACAAUAAUAUGCUAAUAGAUCACAGCCAAUUGCAGAGCAUGACAUUUUAAACGGACUGCAAUUACUGUAUUUAUUUUUGUGUUGGCAUUCGACAUGCUCUACAUUAAACAUGAAUGUCCAAGUGUGAAAUUAAAAGAAACCAGACAAUUUGCUCUGUUUAUGUCUGUAGUCUAAGACUAACCGGUUGUACUGUUUUGAUAAUUGAGGGUGAAAGAAAGGCGGGCGGUUGAAGUAUGUGGCCUCUCUGGAGCCUUCGGCUUAGAACCACAAUAAUGUGAAUAAACAACCAGCAUCUUUCUGAGUCACACAUUUAUGCUGACACACACACAGCGGCUUUCCCAAAUUCUCCUCACCUAAUCGCUCAUCCUCCUAAGCAUGACAAAAUAUCCUGCAAAUGCCGCAGAUGCAGACGACAGAUCUGCUAAGAAUAUCCCCGAUUUGGGGAAAAGGUCAUUGUGGGAUUCAGUUGAGUCGGAAUAUUUAUUUCAUUUUCUACUUUUUAAAUGUCAUGAAGAUUGAGUAGUCCAAAUCUGGCAGUGUACAUGAAUAAACAACAUUUGUCACCCUCCCUCCUUUUCUGCCUGAUCCCCCCCUGUCCUCUUGAAUUGUGUCAUCUUUAUGUCAGGGCAGCGCCCCCCCCCCAUCAGCUUGCUGCACAGUAGACCCCAACCCCUGCUGGAAUUUAAUUACCACUGCGCUUUUCAAUUGAAAUGGCAUUGACGAGGAUGGAGAGAUGAGGGGGAUGGGGGGGGGAGACCUGUGGGAUGGGGGACAACAAGGAUACAGCUGA